CCGGACUUCGAAUAUGCACCAUUUCUAAUGUCCUGUGCAUGUGGCUGCAGUUCACAAAUCCUCCACCAAUAAGUUUUAUUCCUACUUAUUCCUACUGCACCUGCUAACUAUCAAACGAUUUUCAAUGAUGUUUAGUCGUGCGCGUUCACAAUAAGUCAUGAUUAUUAAGUGUCUGCCUUUAGACAUGACAAGAUCUAUAUUUGGCCAGAUAAGGUUUAUGUAAUCCAAUGUAAUUCUCGACAAAUCGACGUUGAUUCGUAACGCCCAGCUGAGAUACCAAGGAUACGAUGCUUAUGGUUGGUUACAUGCUUUGAGCCUUACGUUGCUUGACCACCAUUCAGCCCAUAGCGCCACGAAUCUCUAUUAUCAGACAUCACUUAUAGCAUGGGAGCGCCUCAGGACGACUCGUCGAUUACCCCGACGACGAUAUCCUUCGGGAAACAAAUCCGUCAGGCUCACUUUAACUUUGCUCCCUCGUACACCCCGCUGAAUCACGGAUCCUUUGGGUCUUCUCCCUCGAAUGUUCGAGAGCAUCAGCGGCGGCUGCAACGUGAAACCGAGGCGAGGCCAGAUACAUUCAUACGCUUCGAAUAUCCUAGACUCCUACGGGAAGCAAGAGAAGCCGUUGCCCCGCUGUUGGGAGCAGAGACCGACGAAGUGGUUUUUGUUCCUAACGCAUUAACGGCAAUCAAUACCGUCCUAAGGAAUUUGACGUAUCGCGGUGGCGACGUCAUAGUAUAUUUUAGUACGAUAUAUGACGCAUGUCACAAGACUAUUCAGUCUCUAGAGGAGACUACUAGAGUUAGAGGACAUUGCGUCGAGUUAGUGUACCCGGUUGAGGAUAAUGAAAUCCUCGAUAAGUUCCGCUCCGCAAUCAUCGAGGUCCGGAGCCAAGGCAAGUCGGUUAAACUGGCUCUGUUUGAUACUAUCCUCACCUUCCCGGGAGUGCGUUUUCCGUGGGAAAGUCUGGUACCUAUAUGUAGAGAAUAUGGGAUUCUAAGUUGUAUAGAUGGUGCACAUGGGAUAGGUCACAUCGAUUUGCGACACGCCUCUCAAGUCGGACCAGAUUUCUUCAUUACCAACUGCUACAAGUGGCUUAUGGUGCCUCGUGGGUGCACGGUGCUCUACGUACCAUAUCGUAAUCAAGCUCUGAUUAGGACGACCUACCCAACCGGUGAAGGUUAUCAGCCAGCUGAGCACCGCGUGGAGAUGUCCGAAAGGGCCUAUUUUGUCAAAUUGUUUGAGAAGGUGUCUACGGUAGACACUACUCCGUAUAUAUGUGUGACAGAAGCGCUCAAGUUUAGAAACCAAGUUUGCGGCGGCGAGGAGAAGGUGCGCAACUAUAGCGUGAAUUUAGCAAAAGAUGGCGGCGAGUUGAUGGCAGCAAUCAUGGGAACGGAAGUCCUCGAGAACCGAGCAGGGACACUUCGAGAUUGCUUCUUUACUAACGUGAGACUACCCUUGGACGUAGUAACAGAAGAGUCGCAAGAGCAUCAGACAGGUAAGGUUCUAGCUCGAGACGGACAGGCAGUAGCCGAUUGGAUUACGAAGACGACCGUUGAAGAGUAUGAGACUUUCAUAGCGACGAGAUAUUACGCCGGCGCGUUUUGGGUUAGGAUUUCUAGUCAGAUUUACCUUGACCGCGCGGAUUUCGAAUGGGCUGCUAAUGUGUUGCUUGAACUUUGCGGCCGUGUGAGAAAAGGUAUACGGCCGUCGAAGCAGAACACUAUGGUUGAUAUGAUUGUGGCCUAAUAAUAGCCAACAGGAGAGAGAGCCGCUAUAAUGGUGGCGUAUGCAGGUUCUGCAGGUAUACUGAGAUGUCCAAAUUGGGCGCCACGGUGAGGUUAGGAGUUGUGUUACCAAUUAAUCCGAAUGGCUGAUGGAGCUUGUUUAUUUACACUCAAAUUUUUUCUCGUCGAUGAAUGAAGAUCAUGAAGAUCAUGAAGAUAAUCCCGUGUGUAAGUGAGUGAGCUGUAGGUGGCGUGGGGGAAUGGGGGAAUACGAUAUCAGAUAUCAUUACUCUCAUUUCGUUUUGUUAGCCAUCCAGCCUUUCGUCAUUUAAGGAGUCAUGGCUCGAAAUAAAUGCCGCCAAUGUCGUGGCUUGAUUGACA